UCAAAAAUUAAUAUGUGUAUCUGUAUUCUGUAAUGUAAGCUUUUUGUGGUUCAUUAAAAUAAUGCAUUUUUACAAUUAGAUUUGAUUUCGUGAAUAUAGUAUUGAUAAUUUAUCAUAGUGUUCAUAAUAGUGAACAAACUGUAUGUGUAUGAACUUUAAUUACCAAAUUUACCUCAACGGUAGAUUUAUCUCAGCUGUUGAUUUUUAUCGUCAAGCUUUAUUGAUUUUUGGAUUAAAUUGGCGAUGAAUGGUGAUUAACAAAACAACAAUGGACGUAGAUGAUUCGGCCGUGGAUCUGAGUGUCAGAUCCCUGCCUCCUGAGUUGAGUGAGCUGAGGGCCCUUACAGCAAGUGGAUUAACAAUCACGCCUGCACAACCCCCACUUCAUGGCGUGGGGGGUAAGAGAGUGCUCCGUCCCCGUUCAGAUCAUCGCAGCUAUGCCGAGAGUCCUGACAUAGUGCUGCUACCAGCUGCGCCACCGCACAGGAAACCUAUGUUGCAGCCUCCAACACCAGCACCUUUUACAGAUGUGAGCAGUAAGCUGAACGCUUCGCCGGUGAACGUGUCUAUAACAGCGAGCACGGUGACACAGCCCGAAUCACCAAGAGAUCCGCGCGACGAUGAAGACUCUGAGGACGAGAAUGAGCCGCCACUGCCAGUAUCUGGAGACACGGAGCUGUCGAGUGCGGAGAUAUGGGAACGCGAGCGGCGGUUGCGCGCGCUGAGAGAGAAGCUACGCGCAGAGGAGACUGGGCUGGUUCUGUUGAGGAAGCUGCGACAGUCACAGCAGGCUAGCACCCUGCCGCCCGUAAAGCAAGAGCCGUCGUCCGGUACAGCGUUGGCGGGUAGCGGCUGUGUGGUACCGCCCGGUGUCACGGUGACUCCAGCCCCGCCUCCCGCGCAUCAACAAAAGCGCAGUGUGAACACGUCGGGCGGCCAGAGCGUCGCGCACAAUGCGUCACGUCGCACCGCCAGCCUCCCGGGCGGGGCCACUCUCACGCCGGGGCCCUACCGCUCCCAGUCGACGUCUGGUGGCGGCGCUAGUAUCACCCCCUCCGUGACCAUUACCCCCGCGCCCCCGCCUGCCGCUCAACUCACCGCGCCCAGGGCGAGCUCCCGAAGUUCCGAGGAGACACAAACGCCGGCGCAGAGACAAGCUGCGGCCAAACUGGCGUUGAGGAAACAGCUCGAGAAGACACUAUUGCAGAUUCCACCUCCAAAACCACCGCCGCCGGAAAUGAACUUCAUUCCGUCGCCUAGCAACACCGACUUCGUGUAUCUGGUGGGGCUCGAACACGUGGUCGACUACCUCACCAACGAGGAUCGAUUCCCGCGGUCGUCGGUGCCGGCCGUGUGCGCGCAGUGCGCCUGCGACUUCACGCCGGUGUGGCGCUGGGAGCGCGCGCCCGCCCGGCGCCAGGACCCCACGUUCUCGUGCAGCACGGCCAACAAUGGCCGCCGCCUGUGCGAGCAGUGCGUCUCCGGCAACGUCAAGCGGGCGCUCAAGGCGGAGCACACGGCGCGGCUGAAGACAGCGUUCGUGCGAGCGUUGCAGCAGGAGCAGGAGAUCGAGCGGCGACUGGCCGCGCCCGAGGCCUCGCCUCCUCCGGCACCUGCGCCUGCGCCCGCGCCGCCGCCGGCGCACUCGCGCGCGCCGCAGGCACAGAUGUCUGUCAGCCGCAGCAACAGUCGAGCGCCGGCGCCCCCCACCCCGCCUGCCCCGACGCCCCCGAAGCCCUCGCCGCAGCCCAACAGCCGCAGCUCGUCAGAGUCGGUCCGCAGCCACCACGCCGAGCGGUCGCGCGACUCGGAGGUGCCCGCGAAGAAAGGUAAAGGGUCGUCUUCGAGCAGCACGAGCCAAGGAGGCAGUAACAGCAAGCAGCAUCAGUUGGCAGCGGCCGCGGCUGCCCAGAUGGCGUUUGAACAGCAUAGUGCCGCCGCUAUGCAGGCCUUGCAGCAUCAGCUCUUGAGAGGACUGAGCGGCGCGGGUGGUAGCGGGGGGAUGACGGGCGCAGCAGCGGCGGCGGCCAUGAUGCAGUUCUCCCCUCUGCUGUACACGUACCAGCUCGCGAUGGCACAGGCCAGCGCGCUAGGUAAGCGUUCGGGUAAGAGCGGAGCGGGGAGCGGGUCGACGGGGGGCGCCGGCGGGGCCGCCAUGGCCGCCGAGAUGCAGCGCAUGGCCGAGGCGCAGCGACAGUACUUGCUGGACAUGAUCCCGGGCCAGCAGCCGAGGAACCCCUGGACCAAGAACUGAACCGGCCCGCUGUCACUAUUCAACGAAGUGUCGUGAGUUAAUAUAAGAUGCUAGUUGUAGAUGUAGUGUGUAAGGACAAUUGAGGUGUUGUUUGAUAUUGUUUAAGGCUUCACAGACGGCCGGGAAACUGAUUUUGAUCUGCCGAGUGAAGAUUGGAACGGAUGUAAUUGUAAAAACAUCUAAAGAUCUAUUCACGGUUGACCAAUAAAAAUAUUUACAUGAAACAACGAUCUAUUAAAUUUUUUCGUUUCAGAUCUUAUCAAUGUCUAUCAUUCGUAGCACUUUAUUAUCUGCGAUGACAUAGCAUAGUUCCAUUUUAUCUUUACUAAACCGAUAUACUUAGGGUAAUCAGUAAAAUUCCGAUGAUUUAAAUUUGGUUGAUAUAAAAAAAAUCGCACAAAAGUCAAACAAGUAGUUUAUGAAAAUGAUGAAGCUGUAAAUUUAGAUUUAAAAUAGGGGCAGUGAGACUCUUUUUACUUGUUUUCAUUUAAGCUCAACUUUUUGAUAUAACUUUGACAUUCGUAUGACUCAUUUCUAUUUCUAUCUAUGAAUAAAAAAGCAAUUGAAGCUUAUUUUCAAAAGAUACCAUAUUAAUAUCAGCAUAGAACUUUUUUUAUAUAUUAUGCUUUUGCUUAUUCAUAAAAUAAAAAUAUAAUGUAAUAAAAAAAACCUUUGUCAGGUGCGGGGUUCGAACGUACUCUCCUCUCGGGAACCAGAGCUUAAAAAACUGGCGCCUUACACCGCGCGGCCAAGCGGCAAGAAACAGUAGUUGAAAUUAAUCAUACAACUUCACAACUACUACAAUCACGGAUUGUAAUGCAACAUGCGAUAGAUGGGCGAAAAAAAUUGAGGCGAUGGAAUAAAAUUUUUAAAGCAAUCAAAUUCUCAUUCCGGCUGUCUGUGAAGCAUCGUUAAUGGCUGAAUACACAACGCUGUGCGUUGGUGAUGUAUGAUUUGUUUGUAUGACAAAAGUCAUAGAAGGCGCCAAGUCGUCUGUGUGAAUAGGCCAUUAUUUUGAAUUAAGUUAACUGUAAGUGUGAUUAACGCACAUACAUACGUCAAAUACGUAAUUGUAAUGUAAGUAAUUAAGAUGUGGUUUAUAUCUAAAACUGAUCGCCUCUAUCAUAUUACGCCAUGUGAAUAAAGUUGAGUAUUUAUGAUCCCCGCAGAUUGGCAAAGGGACGGAACGAUGUCAUAUUAACGACUGCGUAGCGUCAUCAGGCAAUAGUACAGUCAGCUUCUAAAAAAAUAUUUUUAUUUAAAAAAUUAUCAGGUAUCCUGUAGAUGGCGCCACAACUGGACUGUUGGACAAGCAUACCAAGAUUUUUAAUUUCGUCGAGGUCUUUGUGACGCUUACCUUAGCGGUUAUAGAGUUGGAGGCGUGAUCUCCUGAGAGACGCUGUUUCGAAUCGCACAUGGUCCAUAAAUUUUGGUACGAAUUAUAUUUUUUAUGAGAUAUAUCUAUAUAUAUAUAAUACUAGCUGACCCGACAUAGUUUGUUCUGUACAUAGUAAAAUACUGUUUUUUAUGAAUUUGUCAAUAAUAAUAUUUCAUAACACCAAGAAUUAAUUCGUAAUAUAUGCUCCCUGUUGCUAUAAAGAAAUUAUUUCACUGCACUCCAUGCAUUGAUCCCAUUAAAACCGUUCAUUAGUUUAAAAGUUCACUGGAAACAAACAUCAGGAAACAGGAUUUAUAUAUAUUAAAGAUACACUUACACUCCACUUAAAAUUAACAGCUUCAGGUCUUGUCCGUCUGGGGUAGUAACAUAUUUCGGUUUUAACUUAUUAAAUAAAUCUUAAUUUAUUUCUGUAUACAAGACUGUUUUGUCUGAUAACUAUAUAACCAGGUCAUUUUAAAUCAAACUUUUUUUAUAUAUAAGAUAUCUAUUUUAUUACAAUGACAUUGCUAUUUCACAAUCAAUACAAUACUUAAUUUAGUUGUGAGAUGGCGAUUAAUGUGAACGAGUAAAAUUGAGUUUAUAGACUCAAGGGCGACCAGUUUUAGAUAAACUUUUUCUCCCAUAUGAAAAUAUUUGUAUAAAAAAUCAAUACAGCGCCCUCUCUACCUUUCGUCAAAAAUAUAUAAUAACUAAAGAAAAAAACAGCUCCACUAAAUUAUACGGAAAACACAACGACAUUCUAUACAUACACUGACCUCUACUAUUUGCCACUGGACUGGUGGCUGUCAAAGUGCUUUUGUGCCUGUUUGAUAUUCGCCAUUUUGGCGCUGUUGGCCAUGUAGCGAGAGUCUGCGGUACUAAAACUAGAGAUCACAACCUUAGCUUAACAAAAAUCUAUAGGAAAACUAUUUACAAAAAAAAAUAUCUACUUUAUUACGUUGAUUCCUGAAGUAUAAAUAAAUAACACGGAAAACGACCGAAAUUAUUUCAAAACGCAAUUAACUUCAGAGUACUAUACGCUUCUCUCGCAGCCUUUUGUAUUAUACGUCAAAAUUUGUUCUCUGGACGCUCGCGAGCGGCGGUUCAAAUAAGCACAAAAAAUUUGAUGUCAUGGAACAGCCUCUCCAGUGGUAUUUAUAUAGGUCAGUGUAUACACAUAUAAUGACAUCAUUCUCAGUCUAACAGCGGAACGGCAAAAGUAUGCUUAAAGACAGUGUACGCACACUUUUGUUCUUAGUAAUAUGUCAACUGUCACUGUCCCAAUCGGGUUCUAAAUUCAACAUACGUAACCUAAACUGAGUAAAUGUUUUACAUUGCUGCUUAUUAACCAAAAAUAUUUUAAACAAAUGGAGUAAAUGCGUCAAUGUAUAGAUAUAGCAGAUGAAGUUUAUUAAGGUGUAAUUUGUGGCAUGUUCCAUAUUUCUGCUUUGUUUUUAGACUGUCAAUAUCUAGUAUAGAAUGUCAUUGGCAAAACACAAUUUUGUUUGCUUGUUCAAACUAUCGCACGCAAUUAUGAACAGAGCAUCACGUGACUGAGAGGUGAUAACUGCAUCGAAAUGACGACUUGCUUUGUUUGUCCGUUUACAAGCGGCUACGAUAAAAAAAAACGGGUUACACUCCGGGAGAGCCGACAGAAGUGAAAACUUAUUAAGGCUGGCACGUUAGACAUUUUUUAGAUGGAUACUAGGGCUAUUUUGUUAUGAAUUGUAUUUUAUUAAUUAUUAGAAACUUUAAAAUACAUUUAAUAUUCUUUUAUGAAUCAUCGUUGACGUCGACAACUCUUCUAUCAUUAUCGUUAAAAUUAUUACAAUUAAAAAUAUAAACUAUAGGUUCAUGGUAACUAAAAUAGGAAAUAAAAUUUUUUUGAUAUAUAUACCUAGACGCGUUCGCGGUCUGCUAUAUGUAACAUGCAUAUAUGCACACAUAACUGCGUCUCGUAACGGUGUCGCGAGUCCAGAGAUUUUAUCUCAUGUAAAAAUAUACGCACCACGCUAAAAAAAAGUUUUCACUUCAGAAAUACUCCUUUUUUGAGGCGUUUUCAUCGCAAAAUUUCGUAGUCUAGAGAAAUCAUUUUCAUCACGUAAUUAAUACUUGUCUGAUCGUUAUUCCGUAUACAACGCGACUUGAGUUGACUGACAACAGCUGUGACACGGUAAGUUGUAUUCACAAUAUUAUAUUGUGUAAUCUUGACGAAAUGAUGUCGUAUUUGUGAAUCUUGGAGGGCUUUAUGCAAAUUUUCUUUCUCGAAAAUAAUUUUAUUAUUAGACACAUAUUAGAUUAAAUAUACAGUCCAAAUAGUUGUUUUCGUUUGUAAGUUAUAUUCUGAGUUUUAUUGAUUUUGAUUUGUGUAUUCAGUAAUUUUGUCAUUUUGUAUGUGGUUAUUAAUAAAUGAUUUUAUGCA